AUGUCUGUAUUUCUCAGUAACUUAACAAAUGACUCUAGCUUGUGGAAAGAAAAUCAUAAUUCGACGGACCUUUUAAAUCCACCAGGAACAGUGAAUAUCUAUCUUUUUUGCCUGACAUGCUUAAUGACUCUGGCAGCCCUGGCAGGCAGCAUUUAUUCAUUAGUUUCCCUGCUGAAAAUGCAAAACAGAACUGUUGUGUCCAUGCUUGUGGCUUCCUGGUCUGGGGAUGAUCUCAUGAGUGUCUUGUCAGUGACCAUCUUCAUGUUUUUGCAGUGGCCAAACGAGCUCCCUGACUACUUCCAGUCUCUGUGCACCACUUCUGCCUUACUAUAUUUAUGCCAGGGCCUCUCGAGCAACUUGAAGGCGACUCUCCUAGUCUCCUACAACUUUUACACGAUGCACAGGGCUGUGGGGAGCCAGGCAGCCACCAGAAGAUCCGGCCAGGUGCUCUGCGUGGCGCUGACAGUGUGGGCAGCCAGUCUGCUGCUCUCUGCACUCCCUUUGUGCGGCUGGGGUGCCUUCGUGCGCACGCCUUGGGGCUGCUUGGCCGACUGCUCCAGCUCCUACGUGCUGUUCCUCUUCGCUGUGUACACUUCAGCCUUCGGACUCCUCGCCUGCCUCUCAGUCCCGCUCACUCACCAGUUGCUGUGUUCGGAGAAGCCGCCGAGACUCCACGCCAACUACCAGGAAAUUUCCCGCGGAGCUUCUACUCCAGGGACCCCUCCAACUGGGGGGAGAGUGCUUUCCCUGUCCCAGGAAGAUGCUCCGGGGCCGACCCUGCGGUGCUCUAGGGGAUGCUUCCCGAGCUCGGACACCGUGUUUGGACCGGGUCCGCCCGCGAGGGCAGGGCCAGGACAGGGGCCGGGGCGCUGUGCUGCCGCUAUGGCUGGAGUCUGCAGGCGUGAGAAUCGGGGAAUUCUGUAUGGAACCAGGAGCUUCACCGUGAGCAUAGCGCAGAAGCGCUUCUCUUUGAUCCUAGCGCUGACAAAAGUCAUCCUUUGGCUGCCCAUGAUGAUCCACAUGGUGGUCCAGCACGUCCUGGGGUUUCAGAGCCUUCCCUUUGAGACACUCAGCUUUUUGCUAACCCUCCUAGCCACUACUGUAACUCCAGUGUUUGUCUUGUCCAAACACUGGACCCACUUGCCCUGUGGCUGCAUCAUCAACUGCAAGCAGAACACAUAUGCAGUGGCGUCCGACGGGAAAAAACUCAAGAGGAGAUGCUUUGAAUUCAAUCUAUCAUUCCAACAGAGUUAUGGAAUUUAUAAAAUAGCACAUGAAGAUUACUAUGAUGAUGAUGAAUAUUCUACAUCCUAUCACAACCUCAUGAACUAUGAGUGCAAAACCACAAAAGACUCUCAGAGAGACACUCAGGAUAUCUUCAGUGCCAUAAAAGUGGAAAUCAGCACCACACCCUCUCUGGACAGCUCCACACUAAGUGGCAUCAACAAAUGCACAAACACCGAUAUUACAGAGACUAAGCAGGAUUCCCACAAUGAAAAGGGUGUUGAUCCACUGCUUUUUGAAAAAACAGAAGGUGAUAUUAAACAUGAUGAAACCACCUUUUUGGAAGGGCCAGAAAGAAGACUUUCUCAUGAAGACAGUCAGAAACCAGAUCUUUCAGACUGGGAAUGGUGUAGGAGUAAAUCAGAAAGAACACCUCGCCAGCGUUGUGGUGGUGCCCUGGCCAUUCCCUUGUGUGCAUUCCAGGGGACUGUGUCUCUCCAAGCCCCCACCGGGAAAACCCUCUCUCUUUCUACCUACGAGGUGAGUGCAGAAGGACAAAAAAUAACCCCAGCCUCUAAGAAAAUAGAAGUCUAUCGAUCCAAGAGUGUUGGCCAUGAACCAAACUCGGAAGAUUCUCCUUCCACGUUUGCGGACACCAGUGUGAAAAUACACUUGGAGGUUCUUGAAAUUUGUGAUAACGAAGAGGCCUUGGACACUGUGUCCAUCAUUAGCAACAUCAGCCAGUCCUCCACACAGGUCAGAUCUCCAUCCCUACGCUACUCACGAAAAGAAAACAGAUUCGUUUCGUGUGAUUUAGGGGAGACAGCUUCAUAUUCUCUCUUUUUACCCACAAGCAAUCCUGACGGCGAUAUCAACAUCUCCAUUCCAGACACCGUUGAAGCACACAGGCAGAACAGUAAAAGGCAACACCAAGAGAGGGAUGGCUACCAGGAGGAAAUCCAGUUGUUAAACAAAGCUUACAGGAAAAGAGAAGAAGAAAGCAAGGGUGACUAG